AUGUUUAGCUGGGAAAAGUUUCUCUCUGCGAAGCCGUCUCUGGACGUUCCAAGUCUGGAGACGGUGGAUCUCAAUGACAAGGAGAUGGAGAAGAGGAUCGUCAGGAAGCAAGAUAUCCGUAUCCUGCCCUGGAUCUGCAUCACCUACCUGCUGAACUACCUCGAUCGAGUUAACCUGGGUAAUGCACGCACACUCAACAAUGACACCCCCGAGGACAACAUCGUGGCCCAGCUCGAUCUCACCGGCCAAAAGUACAACAUCGCCGUGGCCCUCUUCUUCGUCCCCUACGUCCUGAUGGAGUUCCCCAGCAACAUUCUCCUCAAGUACUUUUCGCCCAGCAAGUGGAUCUCGAGAAUCAUGGUCUCGUGGGGAAUCGUCACCAUCUGCACCGCCGCCGUUUCGACAUAUGCCGGUCUUCUGAUUGUCAGAAUCUUUCUCGGUCUCGCCGAGGCUGGUUUCUUUCCUGGUGUCAUGAUGUACCUUUGCUUUUGGUACAAGCCAGAGGAGCGAGCGACUAGAAUGGCCAUCUUUGCUUCCAGUGUCGCAGUCGCCGGCGCUUUUGGAGGUUUGCUGGCUACUGGCAUCUCUUUCCUCAACGGAAAAGCUGGCUUGGCCGGUUGGCAGUGGCUGUUUGUCCUGGAGGGCAUUCCCGCUGUUAUUGUUGGUGUGCUGGUGUGGUUCUGGCUCCCCGAUUACCCCCAGACCGUCUCGUGGCUCUCCCCCGAGGAGCGAGCAUUCGCCGUCAAGCGCCUUGGCCCCUACGCGCCCUCAAUGGGUGACAAGCACUGGGACAGCAAGGUCGCCAAGGAGACCAUCAUGGAGCCCUUUUUCUGGCUCUUCGCCAUUCAGUACUUCCUCAUGACCAACUCGCUCAACGCUUUCGGAUACUUUGCUCCCUCGAUCGUCGCCUCUCUCGGUUUCGAAGGAUACACCGCCCAGCUCCUGACUGUUCCUCCCAACGUCUUUGCCCUGUUCAUCAUCAUUGGCAACUGUCUUCACAGUGACAGGACCAAGGAGCGCUCGAAGCAUGUUAUUGGUGGCUUGGCCUUUGUUGCUACUGGAUAUCUUUUGCUCGCUGUUGUCACCAACUGGCGUGUCCGCUACUUUGCCGUCUUUAUCAUUGCUUGCACCAACGCAGCUGUUUUGCCUUUCGUUGCUCACCGAACGGCCACUGUCCGAGGCUCAACUGCUACUGCCCUGGCCACUGGAGGCAUGAUCGCCAUCGCAAACACUGGCGGUAUCUCUGCUCCCUUCCUGUUCCCCAGCAGCACCUCUCCCAUCGGUUACCGAACUGGAACGGCGGAUGAGGGCGGCAACCUCGAGGUCCUGGACGCGGGCGAUCAGGAUCCCAACCAGGUCAUGAACGAGGCGCUUGCCGUGGAGAAGAAGAAGGAACAGAUCAAGGAUGAUGGCAUGGCUUGA